AUGUCUGCAGAUACAAGUUCUUCUACUUCUGCAUUCGUGACAACUUUGAUAUUCAAUGGUAUCAUUGGUGGGAUCUUCCUGUUGGGAUUUCUAACCUUACGACAAAGGUAUAAACGUGUAUAUGAACCACGUACGCUAACUGACAUCAGGACUCUAUUCGAUGAAGAUAGAACCGAUCCAUGUCCUCCAGGCUAUUUUCAAUGGUUGCCGUAUUUACUGAAAAAACCUCACUCCUUCAUUAUCCAACAUGCUGGUAUCGACGGUUAUUUCUAUUUACGAUUCUUAGGUGUAUUCGCUGCUUUCUCGCUGCUGUCGGCAAUAAUGUUAUUCCCAAUCUUACUACCUGUGAACAUAACAAAUGGGAACAAUUUGAAAGGGUUUGAAAUCAUGUCCUUCGCUAAUGUCAAGAAUAAAAAUAGAUUCUACGCUCAUGUGUUCCUGUCAUGGCUGGUGUUUGGUCUGCUACUGUUUAUUAUCUAUAAAGAACUAUACUACUACACUUUGGUAAGGCACGCUGCAAUGACAACUCCCUUGUACGAUGGUCUGUUGUCAUCGCACACUGUAAUAGUCACGGAGUUGGACGAUUCCUUGAUGCAAGAAGGAGAGUUCGAAAGAUUGUAUCCAUCUUUGAAGUCAAUUAAUUAUGCUUACGACCUUAAAGAAUUGAAUGAUUUGGUUGAGGAGAGACAGAAAGAUGGCACAAAGUUGGAAUCCGCUGUGAAUAGUUGUGUUAACAAGGCAACAAAGAAAUAUUUGAAAAAAGAUUACGUCGAGGGGAAACCUCAGGAUAAUUUGGAUACUUAUGUUCCGUAUGAAAAGAGACCAAAACAUAGAUUGGGGAAAUGGUUUAUGCCACCAUUGAAAAAAUGGUUUGGAAGAGAAAAGGUUCAGACUAUAACAUAUUGUGGCGAGCAUAUCUCAGAAUUAAAUGAGAAGAUUCAUCCCUUACAACAAAAAUGGACACAGAAUGAAAAAUUCCCUUCGAUUUUCAUUCAAUUUGGUUCUCAAUUAAAUGCACAAAAAUGUUAUCAAUCCCUAGAGGCUGUGCUUGGUAAGAAAAAAUUUGGGAAAAAAUUUAUUGGAGCUACGCCAAAGGAUAUUAAUUGGACUAAUAUGAGUAUGACUACAAAGGAACGUCAUAUUAAAAGAAUUCUAGCUAAUACAUUUUUAACUCUAUUGAUCAUAUUUUGGGCUAUUCCAGUCGCUGUGGUGGGUUGUAUUUCAAAUGUUAAUUUCUUGACUGAUAAAGUACAUUUUUUGAGAUUUAUUAAUAAUUUACCAAAUGUAUUGAUGGGAUUGAUCACAGGUAUUCUACCAACUGUAGCACUGGCUGUGUUGAUGUCAUUAGUCGCGCCAAUUAUUACAAAGAUUGGGAACAUUUCAGGAGCUAUCACUUUUGAAGAGACCUCUUUAUAUGUACAAAAAUGGUAUUAUGCAUUCCAAGUGGUAGAUGUCUUCAUCGUUGUGACUUUAGCAUCCUCAGCUUCUGCAACAGUAGACGCUAUCAUUAAAGAUCCAACAUCUGCAAUGACUCUCCUAGCUGCAAAUUUACCAAAGGCUUCCAAUUUCUACAUUGUUUAUUUCCUAUUGUUAGGAUUAACCACUCCAGCAGGUAAUUUACUUCAAAUAGUUACUUUUAUUCUAUCCAAAAUUUUACAUGUGUUAGAUAAUUCACCUCGUGCUAAAUGGACUCGUUAUAACGUUCUAUCUGAACCAAAUUAUGGAGUGUUAUACCCAGCCAUUCAAAUAUUGACUGUGAUCAUGUUAUCAUACACUAUCAUUGCUCCGAUCAUUCUGGUGUUUACCACACUUGCCCUCAUUACAACGUAUGUUGCCAAUCUGUACAAUUUGGUUUACGUCACAGUUCCACCAAAACAUGAUCUGGUCGGUAAAAAUUAUCCAUACGCUAUAUUUCAAGUAUUUGUUGGUAUAUACCUUGCUCAGGUAUGUUUGAUUGGUUUGUUCAUUAUGGCUAAAGCUUGGGGUCCCCUGGUGCUGGAAUGUUUCUUCCUUGUGGUUACUGCCUUAACAAACAUCUAUUUCAAACGGAUGUUCUUACCGGUACUAAACAUCGUUCCAUUGAGUGCAAUCAGAUAUGCACGCGGUCAACCUAAUUGUCACUAUCCUUAUAAGGAUUUAGGUCUCCAAGAAACUAAAGAUUUUGCUGAAAAGAUGAGAUUACAACAUGAAGGUGAUGAAACUGGUGGGAUUAUUAGACAAGUAACUAGAAAAGAAUUGGUUCGUGCCGACUUGCUUGAAUCUCCUGAAUAUAAUGAAUCAUCAAAUUCAACUAAUUCUCAGGAUGAAAAUGAAAAGAACAAGAAUGCAAACAUUGUUAGAGUCGAUACAGGGGUCACUACAGAACCAAGUAGGAAAAAUAGCACAUUUGUUUCACCAGAUGAAGAAUUUCAUAAAUUGCAUUACAGUGAUAUCGAUCCAUCUAUAUUGAACCCCAAUAGGUUUGAUGAUGUACCUUUGCAACAGAACGGCGAACAUGGUGUAUGGUUAAUUGGGGAUGUUGGUGAUACAUACAGAGAUAUUGAAGCCAUGAGAGAUACCGACGCAUCUCAGCCUGGUAAUAGUCUCCGUGAUUAUCCUGCUUUACGGAGAGUGACACUUUUCUUCAAACCAUGGGACUGUUAUAAAUUCCCGAUCAUUAGACAGAAAAUGCCAGUGAUUCUAAAUAGUACUAUUCAAUAUGAUGUUGAUUAUUUGGAAAAUGCUUACAUCGACUCCUCUGUUAAUGAGCAAGAUCCAAUUAUAUGGGUUGCAAAGGAUCCUAUGGGUGUCUCUGACCAAUUGGUCAAAGAAUGUAAGAAUUAUGGGGUAGAUAUUAGAAAUGAAGGAACUACUUUUACUGAAAAAGGUAAAUGUACAUUCACUGAUAAUCCACCGGAUUAUGAACCAAAGACCAAAUUAUAA